GUAUGUCCGUCCGUUUUUCUGUCCGUAUGUCAGUUCUUAUAAACGCUGUGAUAUCGAAUUCUCAUUAUUCCUUUCUACCAUAUAAUUUUGGUCUUCCCUCGUCUUGCAUAUUCCGCCUUAUCAUUUCUGUGGUCUCCUAAUUUUGACCGUUGACCACUGGUCACUUUGUUUGGUCAAUUAGUUUUUCUGUUGUCGUUUUGAUCUUCCUUUUAGUAGUUAGUUCUUAUAAUCCCUUUUAGUCAAAUCGCUUUGGACACGUUGAUUUGUUUUCUGAUUUCUGUCCCUAACAGUCUACUUUUGUAACUUUUGUAACUACAUCAAAACGGAUUACUUCAAACAUACACCUGUCGUACCUACCGAGUCAGUUUUGUCAAGCGUUCGAAGUGACUGUAAAAAUGAAGGUCUAUUUGUAUCAGAUGCGCCCGGUGCUCUUUCUGUUCUACGGUGUGGAGACCACGGUCAACAUGUUUGUGAUGUACUUCCAACUGAAGGCAUUUGUGUUCGUCAACUUGACCACGAUGGAAUGGGCCGAUGCUCUGUUGCAUUACUUUUAUAUGGCCUACUUCUACAUAUACACGAUGGUAACUCUCUUUGCCAGCUUAAACCUGUGCACCGGCCAUCGCACUUCGAUCGUCGAGGAGGUGGUGCGUCCUCUGGUCGGAUUUGUUCUAUAUACGAUUGUUUCCCUGAUGGCACUGCGCGAUGCCGAGACGGAUUUCUACGUAUGGUAUGACGAGAAGCAAAGGGGGGAUAUAUUGUACCCAGAGAAGCCCCUCCAUCCGUUCUUCGGAAGUCUGCGGGACCAGGCCACGGCCUGUUUGGUGGCCAGUGUCAUCAGCCUGCUGCACUGCCUCAUUGCCCUGGAUGUCCUGCUGUCGAAUGACGACUCGGAAGACGAGCGUAAGGCAUCCGACUCCUCCGACGAUGUUGUCGACGAGGUCGACUAUGUCCCGGUGCGUCUUUACGUCCUCGGCGGAGUUGUGCAACGCUGGCUCGAGCAGUUCGACUGGUUCCAGGACUUUACCCAAAGGGGAGUCACGGAUAUCUGAUCCUAAAGUUCGUCCAUUUCAGACAAAGAUGAUCCAAAAAACGUAAUGAAUGGUUCGGAUCAUCUCCCUUUGCACAACUUCUUAGAAAUUAUAUGAAACCCUCAAUUGCUCUUCGUGGCGAUUAUGCAGCCUUUGGACUUUGUUACAUCCGAUGCAAGGAACCCCCACCAUCUCUAUUCUCAUGACGUCAGUGGGAAGCAACAGUUCGGGCUGCAUCAUAUAAAGCUCAUUGUCGUCAAUGUGUCAGCGAUAAGCAGCUGUGGCCAAACAUCUACAUAAGUACACGUAUCUAUAUCUGUAUCUUUCCGCGGCCAGUGCGCAGGUCCGAAGUUGGGGAACAAUCGAUACGUAAUGGGGCACAACGGCAGUCAAGAGCAAGGUGAAGCAUUGCCCUGGUACCGGUGGGUGCGGUGCACCGCGGUGCUUUCAUUCAUAAAAAAUUGGUCUAUAUUGCACAAGGCUACUUCUAGCCCAGACCAAGGAUGUCCCUUUGCCUCUCAAAAAUUGCAAUGGACUUUCGAGCACAGACUGCUGGUCCGCAAUGCAUUCUUAAACUUACAUAUCAAAAAGUUAACAAGAGCCAACUCUUUUAGAUGCCCAGGUGAUGGUAAUUGUAUGGCCUACU